AUGCGCAACCCCAAUGGCUGUCGCGUAUUGCUCCUCCUCCUUCCACCCGGUCUCCUCCUUGCCAUCGCCGCCCUAACCAAUAUCCUCGAGAGCAUAUCCAAGGACAAUUUCGAAGACUACCUUGAUCGCGAUUGGCGCAGCGGUGGUCGCCAACUCAUCCUAUCACGCCCAGGCGGCACCGCCUCGAACGACACCACCGUGACCAUAGACAUCAACAACGUGCCCAUAUACGUCGUAUUGGGGUUAUGCAUACUAGGCUAUGGAGUUGGUCUGCUCAGCGCGGCUGGAAUAUGGCAGUUGAGGAGAACAGAGGGCACCGCGGCACAUGAGAGGAAGUGGACUUGGGUUGUCUUCGUGGUCAAUAUCGUGAUGGUGGGCGCGAGCCUGGGUGGCUUUGGUUAUGCGACCUCAGUCCAAAGCAGCGAGAAGAACUGGCAGAAUUAUGAAGACGUUGGACAAGAGGACCAGGAGCAUACGAGAGAGACGUGGGCAUGCCAGAUCAGUAAAUUUUAUCCUGAUAGGGAUUGGGCUGGUACUGCUUGCGGGACUACGAAAGCGAUGAGGUUCUUGCUGAUACCCAUGGCUGUUGCUGCGCUAUCGAUCUUUCUCAGUCUGUGGGUUCUCGUACGUGCGAGGGGAGGAGUGAAGUGGAUGUUUGGUGGGAAGGGGAGGUAUGCUGGGUUUGCAAAUGUUUAUGAGAUGCGACCACCUGGUCCACCAUCGCCUUAUGCUGGUCCACCAGGACAGCAAUGGGUUCAGCAGCCAUGGCCGACACAGUAUGGACAGCAAUGGGUUGGACAGCCCGUGCAACAGCAGUGGGCGCCGCAACCUUAUCAGCCAUGGGGCCCGCAGCAGCCUGUGCAGCAAUGGGGUCCUCAGCCCGGGGCCCAACAGCCCGUUUCUCAAGUAACAAAGUCAGAUGCUGCGCGUUGCAUGGCUUUCCCCUUCACUUAUGAUCUAGACCCGUUUCGCCUUCACCUUGAACCCGCCAAAAAGAGCAAGAGCGCUUCCGCCAUAAUUGUCAUGUCGGCAGGCUCUUCUCACGGUACGGCGCCAUCAGCAGGCACUUCAACGUCACUCGACCUCCUUCGUAGGGAUUUUGAAAAGCGAUUUGGAAAAAGCGCCAAUGGCGAGUAUGCGAAGGACUUCAAGAACCAAAGUUAUGCCACCAGCCUCGAUGACCUCGAUAGCAACGACGGUAAGCCUGCGCUACCAUACGCAGUAGGCGCUACAUUUGUUGCUCGCCGUCACGAACCACCUACGCCUUUCGGUCAUGGCUACGAUACUCCUUGGCCACCUUACAAGCCAAAGUAUCUUCGACGACCGCAGAUCGACUACUGUCUGAUUCGACAGCCACUCGUAGGUCGUACACUUGAUGAGUCUCGCGUACUCACGAUUACCGGCACGAUACGUACUGGUUAUUCCUUUGGAGCUCAGGUCGUUUCCGUCAAUGAAAAUAUAGUGGCGAAGAUAUACGACCCGCUAUACGACGCUGGACGUGAUUGCUAUGACAACAAGCGCGACGUCGUUGUACUAGCUGACGGAGACUACUCACGAGAAGCUGCCGCGUACGAGCAACUGCGACGAAGCCCUAAUACGUGGAGUCUGGUUCCGGCGUACUACGGGAGCUGGACAAUUGAAGUACCUACGAAAGUGUUCGAUCAUACAUUCACACGACAUGUCCGCCUCAUACUAAUGCAGCAUAUCAAGGGUACCGUCAUGAGUAGUGUCCAGCCUCAGUUGCUCUCUCGACAAAUACGUUUGGCGAUAAUGGAGAAAAUCUUAGAAGCUGAAUCUCUCAUCUUCAACACUGGUGUCCUGCACCGCGACAUAUCGCCCCGCAAUAUUAUGCUCGUCCCUCUAGCACCAAAUCUGUCGUUCAACGAUCCAAAUCUCCGUGUCGUUAUCAUCGACUUCAACGUUUCUAAUAUCAUCUGCCUCAGCAACGCUUCCUGCCACGCCUUAAACAACCCCAACCCCGAAUUUAUACAAAGAAAAUGGCCCGGUAAACUCCUUGGUCCAGUAACAAGGUUUUGGAAUGCGAUGGACGAGUUUAAGUGCAUGGAGCGAUGGAGAUGA